AACCGCCUCCCUCCCGUCCCCACCCCAGAAAAUCUCAGCAUCUCGGAGCCAUAGCACCUAGGCAAGGACCCUUCAAGAUGUUCCAAUGGCCUUUUGUCAAAGGCCAAAACACCCCGCCACCCCCCACGCCAAGCCCCGGGGCCCCACAGCCGACAAAGCCCGUCAUGAAGAAGGCCGAUCAGAAGGAUUACCAGUCCGAGGAAUCUGUCCGCUAGAGCGAUACAAGAAGCAGCCAAUAGGACGUCCGGACCAAUCCGAAGCCUUCCCCCCAUCCGCCCCUCCAGUUAGCUGCCUCUGCUACAGGCUACGCUGCUUCCCUCUUACCGGACGUAGGACGCUGGCACACUGUUGCGCAGGCGCAUCUGGCUUGCAACUUCAUUUCCGGGCCGGGAGCGGGAGCGGCAGCCAUUGUGGGUUUGGAAUCAUGAGUCAUUUUAAUUUUGGAGGAUCUCCUGCCACUGGAGGUGGUUUCGCCUUUGGCCCUGCAAAGACAACUACCACCACACCAGGACCAGGCUUUUCUUUCUCCACACCUGGCUCUGGAGGAGGGUUUAAUUUUGGGACUCCCUCCCAGCCUACUGCAAGCACGUCUGCUACUAGUUUGUUCUCCCUGACCACCCCUGCCUCAUCUACACAGACUCCAGGCUUCAGCUUUGGAUCACAGGCCACAACUCCAGGUUCCGCCACUUCGGGGUUUUCCUUAGGGUUAAGUACACCAAAGUUAAAUUUGGGCAGCAGUGGCACCCCACUCUCUUCAGGUAUCACAGGGGGCUUUGGGCUUGGCAGCAGCACACUUACUAAUUCCAUAGCAAGCAGUGUGUCAAGCCAGGCCUCAACAACUGCUGGCUUUGUUUUUGGCCCUCCUACUACCACCGCCACCCAACCUACAUCAUCUAUAGGAUUCUCCUUCCCCAGUGGAAAUGCUUCCCAGACGGGGACCACUGGUUUUAACCUCGGCUCAAUGGGGAAUGCAAGUCAACCAACAGCACUUACAGGGUUAACCUUUGCUGCUGCCACUCCAGCUUCUACUGCAGCAACUUCCACACAGCCACAUACUGCCUUCAGCCUUGGAGGACAGCCUACAGGUUUAGGAUUUGGAUUAUUGGCCUCUACAGGGUCUACUGCUGUACCCACUGGAUCAUUAGCCUCAAGCUUCAGUCAGGGAUCUGCCUUGUCUUUUGGCCCAAAACUCUCAGCAGCAACUUCUGCUCCUACCACCACUUCUGGGCCUACAUUGUUUGCUUCCAUAGCAAAUUCUUCCCUUCCAGUCUCUUCUGCCCCAACCCUCUCAGUUGGAGCCCCAUCCACUUCAGUUGCAGCACCUGGUCUUGGAGUAUUGGGAUUUGGAUUAAAACUUCCUAGCUCGACAAGUGCAGCCACAUCUACUACCACUACUACGACUUCAACUACCACCACAGGCUUUGCCUUGAAUCUAAAGCCGCUGAGUACACCUGGCACUGGCAUCAUCCCUUCCACCUGUGCCACUUUGCCCUCAGCUACCACAGUUCCAAGUAUAACCCCUGUGAUGACUUACGCUCAGCUGGAAAGUUUGAUCAAUAAAUGGAGUCUCGAACUGGAAGACCAAGAGAAACACUUCCUUCAGCAGGCCACCCAGGUGAAUGCUUGGGACCGGACGUUAAUUGAGAAUGGUGAGAAGAUUACUUCUUUACACAGAGAAGUAGAGAAAGUGAAGCUGGAUCAGAAAAGGUUGGACCAAGAAUUAGACUUCAUCCUGUCACAGCAGAAAGAACUAGAGGACCUGCUGGCCCCUCUGGAGGAGGCCGUGAAGGAGCAGAGUGGAACUAUCUAUCUGCAGCAUGCAGAUGAGGAGCGAGAGAAAACUUAUAAAUUAGCAGAAAACAUAGAUGCUCAACUGAAGCGCAUGGCCCAAGACCUCAAGGACAUUAUUGAGCACCUGAAUAUGUCUGGAGGGCCUCCUGACACCAGCGACCCGCUCCAGCAGAUCUGUAAAAUUUUGAAUGCACAUAUGGAUUCUCUUCAAUGGAUUGAUCAAAAUUCAGCCCUGUUGCAGCGGAAGGUGGAAGAGGUAUCAAAGGUUUGCGAGAGUCGUCGCAAGGAGCAGGAACGCAACUACCGGAUCGUGUUUGAUUAAAUGCCUUGAGAUCUCUUGAAUAGUGUUGCCACGUUGUUCAUUACCUAUCCAUUACAUAAAAGGUCCUAGGGUAUAAACCUGAGUAAAACAUACAGUUACCUAUUGCAGUUAUUUUUUGUUACAGUAAAGUUCGUGUGGGUAUUUUUCUUCCAUUCUAAAUCUUAAGUAAGACAUACAGUUAAUCUAUUGCAGUUAAUUUUUGUUACAGUAAAGUUUGUGGGAAUUUUUCUCCAUUCUAAAUCUUUAUGGUGGUAAGAGAAAACUAUGCUGGAAUUUGCAUUAGUUCUAUCAAAAUUUUGUCAAUCUCUUUAUGCCCAUUAAAUUGCUCGAUGCUUUAUGAAGUCUUCCAA